AUGGAGACGGUACAAAGACCGAGUGGGAUUUGGACCCAUCUCAAAGCGUCCUUAACACCACCAAGCUCCAGAUCUGCACAACUUGAUUCUCGUGCAGAGAAGGGCAUAUCUCCCGUGAAGUCACCAGUUAAUGCGUCGUCAUCAGGCUCAUCAGCCAGGGGCCCAAGACCCUGGACGCGGGGUAAGAUCAUAAGAUUGUUGAUCUUGGUCUUCCUCGCGCUGGCUAUCACCAUCAUUGUCAUCACCGUUCCCAUAGUCUUGGUGAAGAGGAAUAAGUCGCACGAUGAUCCCAGCUAUCACAUCGCGGCAAAUCGUCCAAUCCAAGUCCUCUCGGACUUUCCUGAUCCUGGGUUACUCCAUGUGAACAACACCUGGUACACAUAUGGAACCAAUGCGGCCGAGAACAACUCAGAAGUACCUCAUGUGCCCGUCGCGACAUCGAGAGACUUUACCUCCUGGACGCGGCUCGAUGGAUACGAUGCGAUGCCUUCGUUGAGUAGGUGGGAAACAGACAUCGACCAUUACGCUCCAGACGUGAUCCAACGCAACGACGGACGAUACGUCCUCUACUAUAGCGGCGAACUCAAAGACUGGCUGUACCACCACUGCGUAGGGGUCGCCGUCUCCAACGGCACCAACCCAGCAGGCCCCUACGUGCCCCAGCGCAAACCCCUCGCCUGUCCGCGCGCCCAAGGCGGCGCCAUCGACCCGUCCCCCUUCCGCGACGCCGACGGCAAGCUAUACGUCGUCUACAAAGCCGACGCCAACAGCAUCGGCCACGGCGGCGACUGCAACAACGGCAAGAAGCCCAUCCUCGCCGUCCCCAUCCUCCUCCAGGAGCUGAAGGCCGACGGCGUGACGCCCGUCGGGGACCCGGUACAGAUCCUCCAGAACGACGACAGCGACGGCCCGCUCGUGGAAGCACCCAACAUCAUCCGCACGGCCCAAGGCAUCUACUACCUGUUCUUCUCCUCGCACUGCUUCACGUCCCCAAAGUACGAUGUCAAGUACGCACACGCCACGUCUCUGAGGGGGCCGUACACCCGAGCCAACAGGGCGUUGUUCAAGACAGGGGAUUUCGGCCUCAAGUCUCCGGGAGGAGCCACCGUUUCCCGGGACGGGACGCGGAUCGUCUUCCAUGCGAAUUGUGGCAGGUUGCGUUGCCUGUAUGCUGCGGCUAUCACCAUCCAUGCGAACUCUACCAUUACACCUUCUAUACUUUGA